ACGUACGGCCACAGUCAGCUGAAAACUGGGCAUCCCGUCCGCUCUGCCAUACAUAAGCAGUUGAACGGCAGAUUAGUACUACGGUGGGUGACCACGUGGGAAUCCCUGCUGCUGUACGUUUUGCAGCCUUUUUGCUCCUUCCAUCUACAUUGUCUUUUGGCCACGAUGGCUCAGUAUCGCGUCAAGAAGUCAUCAAUUUUGAUCUCUGAGAUCCGGGACGAGUCCUGCGUGAGCCACUUCACAACGCGACGAUCUUGA